UCUUCCAGCUCCACUCGCACUGCUGACAUCUCCCAGCGAGUACAACCAGGGCCUAGAUCUCUGUAUUCUGCAUGAAAUUUACGCACGGAGAUAAGGAGAGAGUACUACUAUAGUUUCAAGGAGAUUUAAAAAGAGCCUCUCUUAGAAGGUUGGGUGUAUCUGCAUCUUCUCUAAAACAAGAUGUUAGAUCCGUCGUCCAGCGAGGAGGAAUCUGAUGGGAUAGUGGAGGAGGAGACGAAAGAGGCGAUGGCACCUCAGGCCGGAUCCCGCAUCUCUCCCAGCAGGACUAGCGAGAGCUCUGGUGGUCUUGCGCCCAGCAGCAGCCGCAGCAGCGCCCGUCCGACCAGCCCGAGCCCUUCUGCAGCCAGCGAAGAGAAGGAGGACCUGGACAAACUGCAGAGAGAUGAGGAGGAGCGCAAGAAGAAGCUGCAGUUGUAUGUUUUUGUCAUGCGAUGCAUCGCGUACCCAUUCAAUGCAAAACAGCCCACAGAUAUGGCACGACGACAGCAGAAGAUAACCAAGCAGCAGCUUCAGCAGACCAAGGAUCGUUUCCAGGCCUUUCUCAACGGGGACACGCAAAUUGUGGCUGAUGAAGCGUUCAUCAAUGCUGUGCAGAGCUACAGUGAGGUGUUCCUGAAGAGCGACCGCGUGGCUAAAAUGGUACAGAGUGGCGGUUUCUCAGCCAGUGAUUUCAGGGAGGUGUUCAAGAGGCACAUUGAGAAACGUGUGCGCAGCCUUCCAGAGAUUGACGGCCUGAGCAAGGAGACGGUGCUCAGCUCCUGGAUGGCCAAGUUUGACACCAUCUACCGUGGUGACGAGGAUCCCCGCAAGGCGCAGCAACGCAUGACCGCCAGCGCGGCAUCAGAACUGAUCCUCAGCAAGGACCAGCUGUACGAGAUGUUCCAGAAUAUCCUCGGCAUCAAAAAGUUUGAGCACCAGCUGCUGUACCAAGCCUGUCAGCUGGACAACCUGGAUGAGCAGGCUGCACAGAUCAGAAGAGAGCUGGAUGGUCGUCUUCAGAUGGCAGACCAGAUUGCCAGAGGUGGUAAAUUCCCCAAAUUCGUGUCAAAGGAGAUGGAAGCCAUGUACAUCGAGGAGCUCAAGUCCUCGGUAAAUCAGCUGAUGGCCAAUCUGGAGAGCAUGCCCGUGUCUAAGGGAGGAGAGUUCAAACUGCAGAAGCUGAAACGGGGACACAAUACCUCCAUCAUUGACAUGGGCCAGGAGGACGAGAACACACUGUCCAAGUCUGAUGUCGUCCUCUCCUUCACUCUGGAGGUGGUGAUCAUGGAAGUGGUGGGGCUAAAGUCUCUAGCUCCCAACAGGAUUGUCUACUGCACCAUGGAGGUAGAGGGCGGUGAGAAACUCCAGACUGACCAAGCAGAGGCAUCCAAGCCUACCUGGGGGACUCAAGGGGACUUCACCACCACACACCCUCUACCUGCUGUCAAGGUGAAACUGUUUACAGAGAGCACCGGGGUGCUGGCACUGGAGGACAAAGAACUGGGCAGGGUCGUCCUCCACCCGACUCCUAACAGCCCCAAACAGUCCGAACUCCAUAAGAUGACUGUGACCAAGGCGUGCCCUGACCAAGAUCUGAAGAUCAAACUGGCCAUACGUAUGGACAAACCACAGAACAUGAAACACUGCGGGUAUCUGUGGGCUUUUGGGAAGAAUGUUUGGAAGCGCUGGAAGAAGCGUUUCUUUGUCCUUGUUCAGGUGAGUCAGUAUACAUUUGCCAUGUGCAGCUACAGAGAGAAGAAAUCAGAACCACAGGAGCUUCUCCAGCUGGACGGGUAUACAGUCGACUACAGUGACCCACAGCCAGGCUUGGAUGGUGGCAGGGCUUUCUUCAACGCAGUGAAGGAAGGUGACACUGUGAUCUUUGCCAGCGACGACGAGCAGGACCGCAUCCUGUGGGUCCAGGCCAUGUAUCGUGCCACUGGCCAGUCCCACAAGCCCGUACCACCCACUCAGGUCCAGAAACUUAACUCCAAAGGGGGUGCCUCAGCUCAGAUGGACGCGCCCAUUUCUCAGUUCUCUGGACUCAAGGAUGCUGACAGAGCUCAGAAACAUGGCAUGGAUGAGUUUAUCUCCGCUAACCCCUGUAGCUUUGACCACGCCUCGCUUUUUGAGAUGGUGCAGCGGCUCACGUUGGACCACAGGCUCAACGACACCUUCUGCUGCUUGGGAUGGUUCAGCCCAGGCCAGGUGUUUGUCUUAGAUGAGUACUGUGCCAGGAAUGGGGUUCGAGGCUGCCACAGACAUCUGUGUUACCUGCGUGACCUACUGGAAAGAGCAGAAAGUGGGGCUAUCACUGACCCCACCCUACUUCACUACAGCUUUGCGUUUUGUGCCUCCCAUGUCCAUGGGAACAGAGAGGGCAGCAAUUACUGGGGGCCGCUGGGCUAUGAAGCCCUAGAGUCCCCAAAGAGCUCCCAAAGCCCAGAUCCUCGCACUGCCUCUAAAAGAGCACGCAUGUUCAAGUUUAGAAAGAGAAAGGAUUCCAAAAUACCACUCGAUAAAGUGCAUCAAAGGCCAGACGGGCUGAGCACAGUGACAGUGGACGAGAAGGAGCGCUUUGAAGACAUCAAGGAGCGGUUGCGUGUGAUAUUGGAAAACAAUAUUGUAAAUUUCAGAUACUGUUUCCCCUUCGGUCGUCCAGAGGGAGCCCUGAAGGCCACUUUAUCUUUGCUUGAGAGGGUCCUGAUGAAGGACAUUGUGACCCCAGUCCCACCAGAAGAAGUUAAAGGAGUGAUCCGCAAAUGUUUGGAGCAGGCUGCUCAGCUCAACUUUCAGCGGAUUAAAGAUUAUGCUAAAAUUGAAGUUGAGAAAGGUCAAAAGGAUCAGAAGGAUCCAGAGAACGUAGGCCGCUUAGUCACGCCUGCCAAAAAGCUGGAGGAAACAAUUCGCCUGGCGGAGUUAGUCAUAGAGGUCCUCCAGCAGAACCAGGAACACCAUGCGGAGGCGGCAGUCACAAGUUCUGGAGAUCAAUCGCAGGGAAAAGAGGCAUUUGCAUGGUGGACAGAUCUCAUGGUGGAGCAUGCAGAAAACUUCCUGGCUCUCUACGCCAUCGACAUGGAUGCCGCUCUGGAGAUCCAGUCCCCAGAGAGCUGGGACAGCUUUCCCCUCUUCCAACUUCUCAACGACUUCCUCCGGACAGACUAUCAUCUGUGCAAUGGAAAGUUCCACAAACACCUACAGGAUCUGUAUGCUCCUCUGGUGGUUAGAUAUGUGGAUCUGAUGGAGUCCUCCAUCGCACAGUCAAUUCACAAGGGCUUUGACCGAGAGUCCUGGGAGCCUGUAAAGAGUUUAACAAGUAAUCUGCCCAAUGUGAAUCUACCAAAUGUGAACCUCCAAAUUCCCAAAGUACCAAAUCUGCCAGUGCCAGUAGCAGGACUAUCAGUUAACCUUCCACAAAUGCCUAGCUUUUCUACCCCGUCAUGGAUGGCUGCUAUAUAUGACUCUGAUAACGGCUCUGGAUCAUCAGAGGACCUCUUCUGGAAGCUGGACGCCCUCCAGACCUUCAUCAGGGACCUGCACUGGCCUGAAGAGGAGUUCGCCAAACACCUUGAGAGUCGCAUCAAGCUCAUGUCAAGCAACAUGAUCGAGAACUGUGUCAAGCGCACCAGGAUGGCAUUUGAGUCCAAGCUGGCAAAGAGCAGCAAGUCAACAGAUUUCCGCAUUUCUCCAACAUUAUGCACCAUGUUCAAUGUAAUGGUGGAUGCCAAGGACCAAUCAGCUAAAUUGUGUGCAAUGGAGAUGGGCCAGGAGAAAACGUUUGCCUCCCAGAUCGAUGAACUGAUUGAGGAAAGUGUGAGAGACAUGAUUCAGCUUCUGGUUGCAAAGUUUGUUGCCAUACUGGAGGGUGUGCUGGCAAAAAUCUCUAGAUAUGAUGAAGGAACUCUCUUCUCCUCAUUCCUCUCAUUCACGGUGAAAGCUGCCUCAAAAUAUGUGGAUGUACCUAAACCUGGGAUGGACGUGGCCGAUGGCUACGUGACCUUUGUGCGCCACUCUCAGGACAUGCUCCGUGAUAAGGUCAAUGAGGAGGUGUAUAUAGAAAGGUUAUUUGAUCAAUGGUACACUGCCACCAUGAACCUGCUGGGGACCUGGCUCACUGAACGCAUGGAUCAGCAGCUCCACGUCUACCAGCUGAAAAUCCUCAUAAGAAUUACAAAGAAAAAGUACCGGGACUUCCGCCUGCAGGGUGUGCUCGACUCCACCCUCAACAGCAAGAUGUACGACACGGUGCGCAACAGGCUGACCGUGGAGGAGGCCACCGCUUCAGUGAGGGAAGGAGGCAUGCAGGGCAUCUCCAUGAAGGACAGCGACGAGGAAGACGAAGAGGACGACUAGAGCCCUGUACACCGAACCACCCUCACCCCGACCCCCCUUUCACACUUUUGACUUUAGCCUGGUUACCGAUGCAUGUACCAACUCAGAUAGCCACUCUAGGACCUCUUUGUCAGCUCGAAAUGCCUAUGAAGGAACUAUAAACUAUAAAAAUAGUACUUAUACUGAGGAAAAUCUUAAUAAAAAUGUUAAAAAAUAACUAAGAUUGGCAGUUUAGCUGUGUCAUGAUAAAGAUAGCACCUAUCUUUGAUUCAUUCAUUUCUAAAUUCAUUUCUAUGUGUUACUAAGCAAUAUGGAGAACCAUUUGUUUGACAAUGUUGAGUGAGAUUAAAUAGGUGUGUCCCUGUCCAAUGCAAACCUAUAUGGCGCUUCUUUGUCGUAUUCUACAUUCAUAAUGGUACAUUGUCGUGAUGAUGAGUGUGUGGACCCUUUUCUUUGUCUUGUCUGUUUUUAAGUGAAUGCCAACUGCUUCAAACUAAAAACCUCUGUAUUUGUUUACGGCUGUUACAGAUACACUGUCGUCUACUCACUGUUCUUAACAUCAACAGUAAGUCUAGACCUGCAUUUUUAUCAUGUGUCAAUGCUAUGUGAUCUUAUCUCGAUUACUAAUUAGGAAUCUUGAACUUCAACGAGUGGGUAUUCUAGAGAUGCAAUAUUCUCAUAGCUCCAUUUUGAUAACUUGGGAGAUUCUAUUUUUAUUUCAACAUUAAAAGGCCUUGAAACAGGUUGUAUUUUAAUUGAGUUGCACUUUUACAGAGAAAAGAGCAAAAAUAAUUUUUUUUAUUAUAAAAAAAAGUUGGUCUGUCUUUGUUCUGUAACUGUGUAGAAUGAGAUGUCUGGCAUUUGUUUGGGUCUCACUGUUGUUUUGUAUAUAUUCUAUAAAUAUAUAUAUAAAUAUAAAAUGCUGUACAUUGCAUUCUGAGCCAUCGCUGCAUGCCUGUGGGUUCCCACCCUCCCCAAACGCUUUCUGUUUUCUGUGUGAAUUAGCUGGUGGAUUCAUUCUUGCUUUUGCCUUAUGAAAGCCAACAGUUGUAAUAUGCAAGAGCUGUGGCCUCGAAAUAAAAAUUACUGUACAUGUGCAUCAUCUGUC